AUGGCCCACCGAGCAAGAGCUGCACCUUCUCUCCGGGACCGUUCCGCGCUGCUGAGCAACACGACCACGACCACGACCACGACCACGACCACGAGAACGAGAACGAGCACUCCUCCCGCGUCGGGACGCUCGACACCCUUCGGCGGCAGUGUGUACCACCCGAACCCGAAUGGGAACGGGAACGGGGGUGGGAGUGCGUACCAGCCGAAUGGGCACCGGUAUGCUGAUGACCUCGAGGGGCAGAACGACGAGGCGCUGGAGGGCCUGAGUGCCAAGGUAAAGCUGCUGAAGGAUAUUACCAUUGGCAUUGGGAACGAGGUCCGGGAAUCGACGAUCCAGCUCAGCCAAAUGAACGACGCAUUCGCAGAGACAGGCGGGAUCCUAUCUGGCACGUUCAGGCGCAUGAACAACAUGGCUGCACGGCAGGGCUGUCGCUGGCUAUGGUACAUCGUCUUUCUCGUCAUUGUGUUCUGGUUUUUCAUGGUCGUAUGGUGGUUUCGACGGUGA